AUGAUUGCAUUCAAAUGCAUCACUUCCUUUACUCCCACCCAACAUGGUAUUUUUGACAAAGGAAGACCAGCUAAAAGGAAAAAUUUCAUCUUACUCUCGAAGUCGAAUGAUUCGGAUUCAGCUGCCCCAACACCUGACGGGGAUUUGCAGAAGCAGGAAUUGCUUGCCAAAAUUGCAAUGCUUCAAACUCAAAAAGUUCGUCUCACUGGUUUUUUGGAUGAGCGGUCGGAUUACCUAACUCAGUUUGCUGAAGAAGCUAAUGCUGAGAUUGAUCAGAUAGGAGAAGAAGCUCUUAAAGAACUGGAAGAAACCAGUGCCAGGAUAAUGGGGAAUCUUGAGAGCCAGAUGCAAGCCUUUGAAGAAUCAGCAGAGUCGAGCAAACUGGAAAUAGAAAAGAACGAACAAAUCUUAGCAGAAUUUGAAGGUCUAAUUGAGGAGAAUAAAAAUGAAGGGAUGUUCUUCAAAAAUCUAGGAGAAAAGACACCUAUCGAUAAAGAGAAGGGGAUGAGGGAGGCAAUAAAAGAGGCAAAGAAAAUACAACAGACUAUAAAGGAAAGUGCCGGACAAAAAACUAGAAGAAAUAUCUACCUUGCACUAAUUGGUCUGUUAAGUAUAGGGAUUGUCGAUUCUUUGAUAUCUUCAUCUGAUUACCGGAAAGCCCUGGUUCUUGGUGUGCUCUUGAUUGGUGUGCUCUCGCAAGUCAUCUAUGAGCAAAGCAUAGCAUCAGAAACAGAACAAACACAAGAAGCAGAAACCAAGGAAGACAAGGAGUGAAAGUCCCCUGCCUCUAUUUAAUUGUACCAUAUAUAUUUUUGCUUCAUUUGAAUAUAGCAUGAUUAUUAACAAGAAUAAAGAUUUCUUACGGAUAAACCAAGCAAUUUAGUUUUUGCAUCA